AUGAGCUGUCAAGCAGUCACGGUGAAGCGAUGGCUCUCCGACCGUGCGAGUCCUUCUUCUGUACUUUUAGGAACACCUUCAACAAAAGUGCAAGUUUCCAAAACAGGCAGUGGACUCGGACUCUUCGCUACUCGGCACAUAGAGGCGUUCUCUGUCUUGCUCUCGGAUGCACCGCUCAUCUUGAUGGAACCUGAAGAUGACCUUCCUGAGCUGUACCAGAAGUUCACCAGGUUAGGUCGCGGCGAUCAAGAAAAGUACUUGAACCUGAGCUACCACGAGAACCCUUCUCGCGAUGCCUUGCUCAAGGACAAGCUCCUUCAGCGAGGAUUCGGCAAGGAAGGAUUGCAGGAAAUGGCCCAAGUGGCUGGUAUCAUGCAGAAUAACGCGUUCAAUGUUGACCUAGGCGAUGGUCGCGGCUCCUGCCAUCGCGCGCUGUUUCCGCAUGUUGCCAGACUCAACCAUUCUUGCAUUCCGAAUGCCCAUGUGUGCUUCUAUCCUGAGCAAUCCCCUGGCCGGAUGGUAGUGCACACUCUCCGACCAUUGGAAGCAGACGAAGAGAUCCGAAUUUCCUACUUCAGCAUCUUAUUGCCUUACGCAGAGAGACAAGCCAAGGCGCAGAAGUGGGGCUUCACUUGUCGGUGUUCUGGUUGCGAUGAGCGUGCAGGUGGGUUUGAAGGCAGUGAGUCGCAGCGGAGGAUGUGCAGAGACUUCGCGACUCGUCAAGGUGAAAUGAUGAAGCGUGCCGUAGUCACCAUGAUGGAGCUCAAUGACGUUGCGGGUAUGGGUCGAGCUGCUGUCUAUCAAGCGAAGCGGGAGGAUGGGCUGGUGCCAACUCUGCCUGACUUAUUUGACGGGUUGGCAAUGCUACAGGCCAAGGUCUUGCUGGUACAAAAACGCGAGACAGAAAGGGACAGUGUGCUGUCGCUGUUAGAAGAGGCUGUAGAAUGGGAGGCGCGUAUUACUGGCACACGCAGUCAAGCCACUUCUAAGCGUCUGCGAAGACUGGCACAGUUCGCACAGAAGCAAGGACCGCUGAUGAUUCCUGCCAUCGAGCUGGAUGCGAGUGGCAGCUAUCGGGUUAAAUGGCCGCAGUGA